UCCCCGCCAGAGCGUCGGGAUAAAGGUUCCGUUCCGUGCGCAGUGCGGCUUGGUGCGACGCUGGUGACAGGGAAAGAGGCCAAAGCUGUGGGGCCAGGCGCCGCUAACAGCCUGGCAGCGUCCGAAUCUCCGCCGAGGUGGGGGGAGGACGACUCUGAGACGGAAGCCCCGGAAGACGAGAUGUCUGGGGGAUGGGGAGGGCCCUCAGCCCGGGGGGGCAGCGGCGGCGGAUUAUGUCGCGAGUUGUGCCGCGCAUUCGGCCACUACAACCGGCACCUGGCGCGGUUACAGCACAACCUGCGAGAGACGAAGAAGUUCUUCCGCGACAUCAGAUACUCGCAAGGGCCCGCUGUUUUGCCCGUCACUAGUCCUCCUGGGCCUGUUGGGAAGGAGCCGCCUGAACAACAACCCGCCCCCUCGGUCCUCGAUAGCGCCCCCACUGGUGGGGGUGCUUUCCUGCAGGCCGGGCAGCUGAGCUCAAUUGCCUUUCCCCGACAUGAGGAAGAGUACCUGCAGCUGACAGUGAGCUGUCACCCAUGUCUUUUAAUCUUUGGUCAGAACUGUAAUGCCAAGUGCCAGUUACUCAACAUGCUCUUGGGAGACAGACUGCUACCUACCACCAAAGUUAGCAGUGAAGAGAACUGUAAAAGGCGUCGAAUUCGCUUCACCCAUGGAAGACAAACGCGGAUUAGUUUAGCUCUACCUGGACAGUAUGAAUUGGUUCAUAACUUGGCAGCUCAUCAAGGUAGAUGGGAAACAAUACCAGAGGUGGACUUAGAAAUCCAUGGGGAUAAUGAGGACCUGGCACACCAGAUUGCGGAACUGGAGGUUACACUGAAUCACACAUUGUUACAGGAAGUGGACAUUGUAGUUGCUCCUUGUCGAGGAUUCCAGCCAGCAGAAGUCACUCUGGGAGAAUACAUGAACAGUGUCCUUCCAGUCAUCACAUUUGCCAUCUGUGAGGCAGAACUCUCAGCACUGGAUGUGAGUGAACUGCAAGAGAUAAAAGAGAAAUUCUCUCUGCCUGUCUUCUUUUUCAAAGUGCCAGAUUUGGGAGAUGAACUAAUAUCUCCUCAGAAUGCAGAGAAUGAGAAGUCCUCUCUUUAUCGACAGCUGCUUGAUCUAGACUAUCUUAGUACCAACCACUGCAGCUGUGGAGCUCCUAGCUCUGAUGCCAAAGCCCAGAGCAUGCUGGUGGAACAAUCAGACAAGAUCCGUCUGCUUAGCACUUUCUCCAAACAGGUGCUGCAGAAGCGCUUGGUGGAUGCAGCCACCAUCUUGAACAUAGUUCACUGCCGUUGCCUGGACAUCUUCAUCAACCAAGCCUUUGACAUGCAACGAGACCUACAGAUCACUCCAAAGCGUCUAGAGUAUACCCGGAAAAAGGAGAAUGAGUUGUAUGAGUCUCUGAUGAACAUAGCCAACCGGAAACAAGAGGAAAUGAAGGAGAUGAUCAUUGAGACUCUUAAUAACAUGAAAGAAGAGCUACUGGAAGAUGCUGCUAAUAUGGAAUUCAAAGAUAUCAUAAUUCCUGAGAAUGGUGAGCCCAUUAGUUCCAAAGACAUUAAAUGUUGCAUUAAGCAAAUCCAGGAAUUGAUAAUUUCCCGGUUAAACCAAGCAGUUGCCAACAAGUUGAUAAGUUCUGUGGACUACCUGCGUGAUAGCUUUGUUGGAACUCUGGAAAGAUGCCUGAAGAGUUUGGAGAAAUCUCAGCAAGAUGUUUCAGUGCAUAUUACAAGCAAUUAUUUAAAACAGAUACUGAAUGCAGCCUACAAUGUUGAAGUCACCUUUCACUCUGGUUCAACAGUAUCCAGAAUGCUGUGGGAACAGAUCAAGCAGAUAAUACAACGGAUUACCUGGGUAAGCCCACCAGCUAUCACUAUGGAGUGGAAAAGAAAAGUAGCUCAGGAUGCUAUAGAGAGUCUUAGUGCAUCCAGGCUGGCCAAGAAUAUCUGCAGCCAGUUCCGGACAAGAUUAAACAGUUCUCAUGAAGCUUUUGCAGCCUCCUUGCGACAGCUAGAGGCUGGCCAUUCGGGGAGGCUGGAGAAAACAGAAGAUCUUUGGUUGAAGGUACGAAAGGACCAUGCUCCUCGGCUUGCUCGUCUCUCAUUGGAAAGCAGGUCCCUGCAAGAUGUUUUGUUACAUGGUAAACCAAAACUAGGUCAUGAGCUGGGCCGAGGACAGUAUGGUGUAGUGUAUUUGUGUAAUGCCUGGGGUGGCCACUUCCCAUGUGCACUCAAAUCUGUUGUUCCACCAGAUGAAAAGCACUGGAAUGAUCUUGCACUUGAGUUUCACUAUAUGAGGUCUUUACCAAAGCAUGAGCGAUUGGUAGACUUACACGGAUCAGUGAUAGAUUAUGGAUAUGGGGGAGGUUCCAGCAUCGCUGUUCUACUGAUAAUGGAACAAUUGCACAGAGACCUCUAUACAGGAUUAAAGGCUGGGUUGACACUGGAAACACGGUUGCAGAUUGCAUUGGAUGUAGUUGAAGGGAUUCGAUUUCUUCAUAGCCAGGGGCUUGUUCACAGAGACAUCAAGCUUAAAAAUGUAUUGCUUGAUAAAAACAAUAGAGCUAAAAUCACAGACCUGGGAUUCUGCAAACCUGAAGCAAUGAUGUCUGGCAGUAUUGUUGGAACACCUAUCCAUAUGGCUCCUGAACUCUUCACAGGGAAAUAUGAUAACUCUGUAGAUGUGUAUGCAUUUGGCAUCUUGUUCUGGUACAUCUGUUCAGGACAUGUAAAGUUACCAGAAGCCUUUGAGAGAUGUGCAAGCAAGGACCACCUUUGGAACAAUGUACGAAAAGGAGUACGCCCUGAACGCCUUCCCAUUUUUGAUGAGGAAUGUUGGCAGCUGAUGGAAGCCUGCUGGGAUGGGGAUCCUUCCCAGCGCCCACUCCUAGGUAUAGUCCAGCCCAUGUUGCAGGGUAUAAUGGACAGACUUUGCAAGUUGAACUCGGAACAGUUAAACAAAGGGUUAGAUGAUUCUACUUGAAAAUGAAGUUUUGUAGGAACUGUUUUACUAGAUGAUAACUCUGCUCCCCAUCUUGCCACUGGCAACUCAAGACGUAUCUCUUUGGAAGAGACCAGCCAAAAAAAGUUGUGCUCUUAUGCAAGAGAAUAUCAUAAUUCCACCUCAUACACAGCAGGCAGAGACAUUGAUUCCCAGUACACACUACUAAUGCAAGUUGCCAGUGCUUCCUUCCUUUAUUAAAAAGCAAAUCAAAAGAUGGGGAAUUCAGUCCUCUUUGUCUGGAAGGAAUUUUGCUUAUCCCAUUCAGGUUGCACUAAAGGAAAAAGCACUGUGUGUUUCAGAAUUCUGGCAGCCAGCACAUUUGCAUCUUCAGCUACAGUCUGCUAGCAGUCUGUUUAUCGGCUUCCCUGAAUUUCUCACACAUGAAUGUGGUUUUUGGAAGAAAUAAGUUUGUAUCCCUUUCACAGAGAGGGCAAUCCUGCUAAUUUUAGCAACAUGGACUCUGAGGGGAAUGAGCUAAUGUUGACUUCCGAUAAUACUUGGUAUGUUUACAUGGAUGGAUCAAAGCAUCCAAACUCAUAAGGGGAAAGCCGCACUGCAAUGGUAUACCCAAAGGUAUAAGCUAUCUGUCAUGUGAACCAAGCUCUUUUUGGUAAAUGCUUAAUAGCAAGUCGUCAGACAUCCAACUGAAGAUGACAUUUUGUAUUAAUUACAAUCUUAUAGCAAGAUGGGUACUCCACCAAAAGACUUUGCACAUACAGAAAUAGAAACACAGGUUAUUAGUAACUACUGUUGCUACCCAAUGGAAAUUAGUAGAUCCUGUUUUUAACUACAGAAUUUCUUUUUUGUUUUGUACUAAGUAUAAAGGCAAUGACUGUUUUAAACUCUAAUAUUGACAGGUCAUUUUAAAAGAUUUCUUCAGCUGUUUAUUUUUAAGCCAUUCCCUUGAAAAGUAUCUAAGAAACUUGCCUUUAUUCCAUAGAUAUGCAUGGUUGCUAUGUCUGACCAUCAUUUACUUCCUUGGGGUUUGUCAUAUGGCUGUAUUUAAUCUAGGAGUACAUUGCAGGGAACCCAUGCAGAAGAAAGUUCAGAUACAUAUUAAAUGAAGGACUCUUUCCAAUGAAGUCUACAUACCCUUCAUAAGUAUUCUUUGCAUUUGCCAGUGCAAGAACUAGCUUCUUAGCAUAACAAAGUUUUGAUGGGGGUGUAGUCUGAAAUGGAGAACGAACCUGGCAUGGGUAAGGAAAAGGACCAAUUGUGAAUGUUUCUUCAGAUGUUUGAAGAGUGAGAUGUGUAACCACAUUCUCCAUCUUUCAUGCAAUGAGACAUGCACCAGUUCCAUAUUCAUAGGAUAAUCUACUCUGCUAAGCCAAUCAAACCUACAACAUAUAAUACUUUGCUUCUGGGGUUGCUUCUGUUGUAAAGAGCAGAAAUGCAGCCUUUUGCCUGUUUACAUAAAUCACUAGAGACAAAAGUAACCCCGCAAAGUUGCUCAUUAGCCUAAACAAACCCUUUUUGUGUGUGCAAUAAAAUUGAAAUCAUGAUUUUAAAAUGAUUGCUUUUACUGAAUGGGCAUUCAUUGUUACAUGGUGGUUUAACCUGUAUCGGCACUUCUUUCCACAAAUUGUAGCAUUUGGCAUCUUGAACUGAAAUGAGCAGCAAUAGCUGCCAACUAUCCUCACUGAAAAGCACACAUUCUCAACUAGGAAGUCAUAGAAAUGUCACUUAUGUAAAUUAUUCUGGACCACCAUUCCAGUCACUUGACAGUAUUAUUCAUUUCAUAUCCAUUCACUCUGUGUUACAGUGGUUAAUGACCUUGUUUAGAAUUAGGGUCUAGGUCAGUAUUUUUGCAAGUAUAGACAUAGUUUAUGUAAAAUAAAAUAAAUAAAACUAUUUGAAAAUGAGUUGUAUAGCUUUUCCCAAGCAGCUACUUCCUACAUCUUUUGCCCUGUGCCUUUGAAAAAACACAAAAACAAAAAACCUGAGUCAAAAGUUAUUCCUCAGUUUCACAAAACUGGCUCCAUACACCUCCUGCAGUGUACAACCAUGCAUGCACUUCUUUGUUGGACAUACAUUUUGUUACUUUGAUCAAUCCUAAAGCAGAAUCCAUAGCUCCUGAAAUGCUCAACAAGAACAGGUGAGUUUUGUGCUGUUUAAAGGUUCUACUCCUUAAAAUAAAACCCAUGCCAUAUUAGCAAUGCUAUAUAUUUUCCUUAUAAUAGUACUACCCUUGUGGCCUAAGAAUGAAGCAUUUAAGUAAACACACUAAAUACGUUCACAUAAAGCUAUAGGGAGAAGCUAAGGAGUCACCAUAGAUAUUGUGGUGGAAAUGAUGGCCAUCGGUGAAUGCAGAGCAACUAUCGCUGCUGUCAUCUUAAUUUAGUGACUGCAAAUGCAUUAACCAAGAGAUCUGUUGAAGGCAUAACAACAGAUAUUUCUUUAAAAAUUAUUGUUGUGUCCAUGUAAAAUGUUAUACUUUAAAAUACAAGUUUUUCCUUCUCUCAGAACCACAGUUUACUAGAAUUCAUUCUUCAUCACCCACUAUGUUUUAUAUCUAGAAGGAAACUGUUUACUGAAUUGUUCAAGGUUUACAUGUUGCCACCUAUUGUUGGCUGAAACAGGUGCUCCAAAAGAGGUUUCCUUAGAGCUGGAAAUAUAAAUUGAGCUUGUUUACAAAGUAAGUAUACCUGCAGAAAUUAGAGCUGAAAGGAUCAAAGUGUCCAUGUUGGUGCUAGCAGCUGAUAGUUCAAAGAUGGAGUUGUUCAAAAUUGAUCAAUUACCAGGGUACUGCUUAUUUCUGCUUUGGAAACUGGCCAUUUUGGCUCUGGACAAACACUACAUAGGAGCUGCAUGAGCUAAACUUUAGCUGCUAAUGCAAGGCUUGAAUGCAAUGUACGACUGUCAUGUUGUGGGUGCUGGAGUGUUGCCUUCAGCUUACUGGUGCAUUACUGUUGCCUAUCACAUUGCUGCCUAGUCAAGUGGAUUGUACAAGUUUUUAUUUGGCAACUGACAGGUUUUUUUCUUCCACUUCUUUUAUUAAUGGUGACUUGACUUUACAAUACAAGCUUGUCUAGUUAGCCUAAUGAAGUAGGAAGCUAUUCCAUUUACUUCUUUUAGCACUUCUGUUUUGUUAGUCUUUCUCUCUGCCCUGCCCUCCACUCCCAAUGACAUUGUUCGGAGGGUCAUGAGAUGCUUGAAUGUUGGCUUUUGCAGGGUGACAUAUUAAUGGGCGGAACAUCAGUGCUGCAUCCCUAUUUAUUUAAUGUGGUUCUGGGUUGAGCUCCUUUCAUGUAUAGAGAUGUACAUAAUGCUUCCUCUGUAUCCACUGGUCUCUUACCUAGUUGUCAUCCUUAUUUUAAAACUCUUAAUAUUAUGAUUUUUUUCCUCCGGGGAGAAUAGGAGCACAUCUAUAUGUGAAACUCCCUCAGGGUCAUACAUAGCACUGCAUUUCUUAAACUUCUUAAUGCUUCCUUUGUUUUGGUUCUGUUAAACUGAUGGUCCACUGUUACACUUAGCUGUUGGGGGAGGGAGAAACAUGAGAGAGUUGUACAGUUCCAUUGUAAUGCCUAUUGAGUUUGUACUACUUAAAAAAACCUGAUGUAUAUUAGUAUUAAAGGCAAAGAUAACAAACUUACCAACUGUAUAGGAAAAGUGCAAUAACAUGGAAAUGCAAAUAAGAAUAUUUCUCUUGUAUUCUGUAAUACUAAUUCCCUCUCUACUUCAGUACCCCCCUCCAUUAUAUGUAUUUUAAGAGACGCGACUGUGAGUCAAGACUUCAUUUAGUGCCAUAAUGAAGGUCUGUUUUAAUAGACGAUAGAAUGCACAGAAGUGUUGUGCUGUAUAAUAAAGGUCGCAUUAACGUUUUA